CGCUAUUAUCUACCGAAACCCGAAACUGAAUUAAUCGUAUAUAUCUUGCGAUAAUUUUCUCUUCACGACUUUUGAAAAUUUAUUCACUCAAUUUGUUUUAAUAAAUUUGCAACAAAACAAAAUGCUUGAUCUGAUUUCUUUAGUUGGUUUUUUUAUAUUAGGAAUUAUAGGGUGGGCCACUUAUAAAAUAUAUAUUUGGCCAGUUUAUAUUACACCUUUGAGAAAAAUUCCCGGACCACCAUCUGAAAGUCUAUUUUAUGGAAAUUUUAAAACAAUUAUGACAGAAGAGCGUACAUGCCUUAAAUGGGUACAAAAAUACGGGAAUAUUAUAAAACACCAUGAAAUAUUAAAUCAGCCAGCCCUUCUUAUCUUGGAUACGAAAAUAAUUCAAGAUAUUUUAUUAAAUCAUGUUUAUGAUUUUAUUAGACCACCUUAUAUGUUGGCUGAUGCUAUUGCAAUAGCUGGUAGAGGUCUUGUAUUUGCAGAAGGUGAAAAUCAUAAGAGACAAAGAAAAAUGAUGAAUCCGGCUUUCAUUCAUAAUAACAUCAAAGAAAUGGUUCCAACGUUUAUUCGAGUAGCUUUUACUUUAAAAAGUUUAAUCGAAGAUAAAGUGAACUUAGGAGAAUCUGAAAUUAAUCUUACUUCUUAUCUCUCAAAAGCUACGUUAGACGUGAUUGGCUUAGUCGGAUUUAAUUACGAUUUUAAUUCAUUAACGUCUUCAAAUGAAUUAGCAGAAGCUUAUGAAUCUCUCACGAAUGCUCCAAAUUCUGCUCUACGCAUUGGCAUUAAUUAUUUUUCAAGUUUUAUUCCAUCUAUAAGAGAAAUUCCAAUCGAUAUAAAUAAGCAAUUUAAAAAUGGUUGUGCAGUUAUUGACCGCGUAUCAAAGAAAUUGGUUGAAGAAAAAUAUAAAGCGGCAGAAAGUGGUGAAUUGAAAGGAAAAGAUCUCUUAUCUCUUUUAAUUAACAUCAAUAAGACAUUACCUAUUGAAGAGAAAAUGACUGACAACGAGUUAAAAUAUCAGAUUAUGACAUUUUUAUUAGCAGGACAUGAAACUACAAGUGUUUCAACUUCUUGGGCUUUAUAUUUCCUUUCAAAAUAUCCACAUAUGCAAGACUUAUUGCGUGAAGAAUUAGUUAAAGCUUUCCCUGAUAAAUCAAAAUUCAAUCCCACAUUUGAUGAAAUUAAUUCUUUGGAAUAUUUAAAUUGCGUAGUUAAAGAAACUUUAAGAUUAAAUCCUCCAGUUGGUGCUACUAGUCGACUUAAUACUAAAGAUGAAGUUUUUGGAGGAUAUCACGUUCCAAAGAAUACUGUAAUGAUAAUUGCAAUUUCAACACUUCAUCGACUGCCUGAAAUUUGGGGCCCAACAGCUGCUGAAUUUGAUCCAAAAAGAUGGUUGGAUCCUUCCUUAAUUAAGAACGUAACAAAUUUUAACUAUUUGCCUUUCCUUGCUGGUACAAGAGCUUGUAUAGGCAAUAAAGUAGCCUUGACUGAAUUUAAAAUAUUAUUGAGUAUGUUAAUUAGGAAUUUUGUUUUUAAACCAAUUGAAGGAUUUAACAUUAAAAGAAGAUUUAUUCCUUUGGAUAAACCUGAUCCAUACCUUGGAUUAUCUGUUUCUAAAGUUGAAAAUUAACAAAGUUAUCAUAUUUAUAAUUAUAGUUUAUAAUUUAUAAUUUAUAAUUUAUAUAUUGUUUGAUUCUUCAUCUGCUUUUAUUUUUUUGUUGUUUCAGAGUUUUAUAUUAGUUAGUUUGACAUUUAGAAUGUCAUAAGUUAUUUAUUUUAUAAUAAAUAUAAUAACUAUCAUAUAAUCA